AUGGGAAACUCUAUAUCGAAGGUUAUGGUAAAGAUGUUCGGGUACAGAGAAAUGAAGAUUCUGAUGCUCGGACUCGACAAUGCUGGUAAAACUACCAUUCUUUACAAGCUGAAGCUCAACAAAAUCAAAACUUCAGCACCUACAGUGGGGUUCAACGUGGAAACAGUGUCGUUCAGAAAUGUCAAGUUCAAUAUGUGGGACGUCGGUGGCCAAGACCGGCUGCGGCCUCUGUGGAGACACUACUUCCCAGCUACGACAGCUCUGAUCUUUGUGCUGGAUUCCCAGGACACAGAAAGGCUAAACGAAGCCAAAGAAGAAUUGUAUAGCAUCAUCAGCGACAAGGAAAUGGAGGACGUGGUGCUUCUAGUGCUGGCCAACAAGCAAGAUUUGAAAGGUGCAAUGAGUCCCCAGAAAAUAUCGGAUUUUCUGGAGCUCAAGGACCAUCUAAAUAAUCAAUUGUGGUGUGUUAUCGGGAGUAACGCGCUAACUGGUCAGGGUCUCGUGGAGGGUUUGUCGUGGAUAACCAACAACACAAACGCGAAAGAUAAGAAAUAG